UACAAUUGUCGUCGCAUAAAGAAAUACACCGGAAAAGGGAAGAAAAACCGACGCCAAGAGUCAAAACCCGGUCUUAGCUUGCACAUUCCUUAACGACACUCGAAUUUGAGUGUAAAUCUGUGAAAUCACCCAAUCUAUUUGUGUCCCCACCUUCUACGGUAAUCUCUCGCGCCACCCUGGUUUCAUACUCUCUUUGCUUUUCGUUUUAGGGUUUAACCCCACAAUCUCUCUUUGUUUCCAUGUAAAACACCAGGAGAGAGCCCCGUUUCUGAGAGAGAAACCUUGAGAAGAGGAAGUAAAACAAAAAAGGGUCUGAAGGGGCCUUUUCGGGUUUGGUUGAGCUCCAAAUAGAUGGGGGCCCUGGCUCCAGUCGUCCCCUCUUGGAUACCUGAAGAUGACCUCUUGUUGAAGAACGCUAUUGAGGCUGGUGCUUCUCUGGAAUCUCUUGCGAAGGGUGCAGUGCAGUUCUCUAGAAAAUUCACAGUUAGAGAACUGCAUGCCCGAUUGCAUUCUCUCCUUUAUAAUCCAGUUAAUUCUGAGGAGGCUUCAUGUCACAUAUUUGAGUUUGAAUGUUCUGCUUCUAACACAGCAGGAAAUUCAAAGGAUACCAAUAGUUUGCCUGGGAAGAGAAAGUCUGAGAGUGUACAUAGUAGUCACGAUGCAUUGUGCAAAAGAGUUCGGAAUGAUCCCUUUAACUCAAUGGAUCCGAGUUUACUUGUUGAAUCUAUUGAUAGCAACUCUAUUGGGCUUGCGGAUGAGCCCUUACCUGGAAAUCCAAUCUCAGAUCAAUUUGGGGUUCAAGAAACAAAUGUGAAUGUCAUGCAUUGUUCUUUUCCUCAAAUACAGGAAAGUCCUCACAUACUUGGAGAGAAUCAGUUUCUUGUUGAGAGUGGCUCUGGCAUAGAGGAAUUGAGAGAAUCCAAGGAAUUUUCUAUGCACAGUUUGUUAGAGGAUAAUGAUAAAGAGAAUAUUUGCUCUUGGUUUGAGUGUAACCAGAUCUUGAACUCAUUAAUUGUGGAGCAUGGUUUGUCAAUUUGGAGAACUGAUGAAGGCUUCUCUCAAUCGGCUAUUCCUGCUGAUGAUGGUCUUGGGCAAACGGUUAUUCACAGAGGAGAUAUAUGUGCACCACCCAGUGAUGGGGUUGCCAAGAGCAAUCAUGUGUCAGGACAUAACGCUGUUGGUACAGAUUCCCAUAUUGAAUCAGAAAUACUAUGUGAGGCUUCAGAAAAUACAAUGGCUGAUACUGAAGGUUAUUUGAUGGAAAUAACCAAUACCCUUAUGAAUGAUGAACCUUUUUUAUUGGAUGCUGAUGCAAAAGAUGUGAUUGAGAAGUCUUUCUUUGAAGGCUUGCGCUCACUUUUGGUAAGUUCACCAAACAGCGGUGAUCAAGAUCAGAUGACUGAAUUAAUGACAAUUGAAACUCAAGUUAAUCUUGCAAAAGUUUCUUGUUCAGGCCUUGGAGAAUCAGAUGAAGUUGCAGGAUCUCGCCCAGUGGAAGAACCUGUCUCUUGCAAUUCAGAUGUCCUAAACCUUUCUUCUUGCGCUUUAAACAGUGAGGAUCCAGAAAUUCCAUGCAAUGAAGAUGUUGACUUCCCCGAACAUCUAUGCCGACCGACUGUUUCCUCAACAGGACACAAGGAACCUUGAAAUCCAUUAUCUGCCUGCAUAAAAGAUUUUUCUCGGGGUCAGAAAGAUAGUGAGAGAGGCCCCAUCCUGGUUCAGAGAGAUAAAAUAGAUCCUGGGAAAUCACAUGGAUCUUCUCAAAUGAAAAGAUCACAUAUGAUAGCAGAAGUUGGUCAACUCCAUGCAGUAGUUAAAUGUGAGGAUCACCCAUGUGUAGCUCCUAUAGGUGAUGGUUUUCUAUCCAAUGCUUCAGCCCAAAGUAAUUCCAUUAAUGCUAGUGAUGGCACUUUCCCACCAACACUGCCAAUGGAAAAUAGUGAAGAUAAUUUACUGGGAAUGCAUACAAAUCAUAGUUCAGCUAAUUCUUUAACAGGGAAACAUGCUCUUUGUUCUGAUAACCUCGACAGUUUCCCACCGGUGAAUCCUUCUGUCAUAAAGCGGAUGCUCUACAAAUGAUUAUUUCUCCAGUACUAGUUGUUGAUCCUCCACCAUUAGAGGCUGCAGAGUUACAUAUUGGAAGUGAUGAUAAUGUUCCUUAUUACUCGGACAGUGAGGCAACGAUCCUUCACAUGGACUUGUAUCCAGAUGAUGAAGAUUUGUGUGAUCAGAAGUUACUAAAUACCAGCAUGUGGACAGAAUAAGAGCAAUUAUGAGGCUGGAACAGGCUUACCAUUCUUUCAUACAGAGGGACAUUGCAUCCCAUGGAGCCUUUGCCAUUUUAUAUGGCCGCAAUUCCAAUCAUUAUUAUAUUAAGAAACAUGAGAUUUUACUUGGUAGAAUGACAGAAGAUUUCAUUGUUGACAUUGACUUGGAAGACAAGGAUGUGCAAAUACAGUGUCAAGGAGGAAGUAAGAUUUACCAUGUCUCUAUAUAUAAUUACCACCACUUGAACGGUUGCCUAAUAACAUGUAAUACUGCUUUUGUGGUUCCCCUCAUCUAUUUAGGCAAUCAUCAAGAUGGAAGAAGAUGGAUCUUUCCAUCUUAAAAACCUUGAAAAAUGCUUGAUAUGGAUAAAGGAAAAUAAAGUAGCUCCUGAGCAGAGCCUGGGCCUUAAAUCUGGAGAUGUGAUCCUGAUAAGGGGGAUCCCAUUAAUCUUCGAGACGAACCAGAAUUGUGUGAGGCAGUAUUUGAAUGGUGUGGCAAAAAAAUGGUUGAGCUCGGGAACCCCAUAUUAGAACUGUGCUGUAUGUGCAAUUUGGUCACCUUUAUUUAGUGGUAGU